AUGACUACUAUUCGAGUUGCUGUUAUACAAGCCGAGCCGGUGUGGCUCGACCUUGCGGGGUCAAUCCGAAAAGCCUGCGAACUUAUCGCCGAGGCCGCGGGGAACGGCGCCAAGAUCGUUGCGUUUGCGGAGGCCUGGGUCCCCGGAUAUCCUGCAUGGAUAUGGUCCGUGUUUGACUCCAUUCCCGUCCUGUUUCACGGAGCUCUACUAACAUUAGGUAUGCAAUAUAACAGGACUCGUCCUGUGGAUUUUGAGCUCCAGACUAGGCAUAUUUACAACUCGUUGGCUAUAGAAUCAGAAGAGAUGGAACAAGUCAAGGCGGUAGCCAAAAAGCACUCCGUUGCUGUAGUUCUCGGGUUCUCGGAGAGAAGUCCUUCGAACAGCACCUACAUAGCACAGGCAAUUAUCUCACCGCAGGGAGAGCUAGCCCUCCAUAGGCGAAAGAUAAAACCGACGCACAUGGAGCGUACCGUAUUCGGAGAUGGAUCCGGCAACGAUUUGACUAACGUCGCAGAGCUUGACUUCGGCGCUCCGCUAGGCAAAAUCAAGGUAGGAGCUUUAGCCUGCUGGGAGCAUACUCAGCCACUUCUCAAGUAUCACAGCAUCACGCAAGGCGGCGUCAUUCAUAUAUCUAUGUGGCCGCCGGUAGACCCCACAACCGGCGUAGAUCAUCCGGGUCUAUGGAGCAUGACAGCCGACGGAUGUCAGAAUUUAUCGCAGACAUAUGCGAUCGAAAGCGGCGCUUACGUUUUACAUGCUACAUCUGUGUGCACUCAGGCCGGCAUUGACGUCUUCAACACUCAAAAUGGGCUUCUCUGUGCGCAGCCUGGAGGGGGUCACAGUUGUAUCAUUGGUCCCGACGGGAGAAGAUUGACAUCACCGCUUGGUGAUGGUAAGCCUGAAACAGAGGGCAUCUUAUAUGGGGAUCUAGAUCUCACCAAGGUCGUAGCAAAUAGGGGCUUCCUGGAUAUCGUCGGUCACUAUAGCCGGCCCGAUCUUCUCUGGCUAGGCGUUGACAAACAACAAAAGCCAGUUGUCAUUUCUAAAGCCGACGCAAAAAAGCCAGAGUCGGAGCAAGAGACAUCUCGGGCGACGUGA